UAGGAAGAAUAUAAUAAACAAGGGAAUGAAUGAAAAUAUAACCAAAAUAUAGCAUGUGGUGAGGCUCACAAGUCACAGGCCUGAGAUCAUGGGGAUCCAAGUGCAUUUUCACAAUCUCUAUGUACCUAGUUCAUCCCAAAAGAUUAAAAGCUUCCCCGGUUGCCACAUACUUAAGUUAUCACUACAUCACGUCUCGGAAAUCAAGCCACUUUCAGCUCCUACAUAUACUAGUCCUCCAUUCAUCCUAGAGCAUCACCGCUAAAGAUAUGCAUCCGCCUAAUGAUUAUACCAAAUAUGCAGCACCCGGAUAUCCCAGCGCUCCUAUGAGCAUCCCUCCGGCCCAGCUUUACCCUUCCUUUGGUGUUCACGUUCCCACGCCCACCCCCAACACUUUGGGGAAGUGGUCUACUAACCUUUGCCACUGUUUUGAUGAUCCUGUCAACUGCUUAGUUACCUGCAUUUGCCCAUGUGUCACCUUUGGACAGAUUGCUGAAAUAAUCACUCAAGGCGAAACAUCUUGUUUGGCUAGUGGUGGAAUUUACGGAGUUUUACUAGGAGUCACUGGCUUCGCCUGCCUGUAUUCGUGUUUUUACAGAUCAAGAAUGAGGGGGCAAUAUGAGCUAGAGGAGGCACCUUGUGAAGAUUGUGUGCUUCACCUGUGCUGCGAGACUUGUGCCCUCUGUCAAGAAUACAGAGAGCUUAAAAAUCGCGGCUUUGAUAUGGGUAUAGGGUGGGAAGCAAACAUGAAUAGGCAGCAAGGACGAGCAACAACAGUAGCUCCAUUUCAGGGAACCAUGAGGAGAUGAAGUUCAUUUGCAAUACUCUUGUAAAUUGUUACUAAUAACUAGUUAGAGCCAACAUCACAUAUUGGUGAUUAUAAUUUCUUUCAUUUUCUACUUCUCAUGUGUAAUGAACCAGUUGAUGCACUUAUGACCAUAACUGAUACGAUGAAUAAAUAAUCUUCGAAUUAUUAU